GCAAUUCAACAAUGAAGGUGUUUUAUCAAAUUAUUCCGGCACUGGUGCUUAUCUUUGCCAUACUUAGUUCCUUAACUUACGCAAAUCCAUUAAACGACAAUAAUUUGGACGAGUCCGUCCAAAGCGGAAAUUCCGAAUCGGAUGAGUCCAUACCCAAUGACAUUCAACAGGAUUAUCUUAAUGUGGCCAACUACGUCACUGCUUCUCCGCCAUGGUGGUGGAACUAGGAACGGAUUCAUCCUUUUUUGUACGUUUUGUUAAAUUAUAGUUCGACAUUCCUUACAUUGUAAUAAAUUGUUUUAUUAAUAAUAAUAAUAAUAAAAAUA